UUCUUACUUGCUCUGUUUCAUUCCUUGUCUCUGUUUCUGAAUUUUCAUCAGCUGGGGGUGGAGAUUGUGCUCUAAUUGGAUUGGAAGAAAGUGAAUCAAAGCACAAAAGGGGUUUUAAGCAGAAAAGGUCAAGAGAGAGUUGUGGUAUGGGAAGCCAUAGGAUGGGAGAGAUGGGUUUAUCAGACUCAGGUCCUACUCAUCACCACCACCACCAUCAUCUUCCUUACGCACUUCUCCAUGGAAUGAACCCUUCCAACACCGCUUUCAUGAGUCAUCCGGACCCUGCCUUUGAUUUUGGGGAGCUGGAGGAAGCAAUCGUGUUGCAAGGAGUCAAGAUUAGGAAUGAUGAAUCUAGAGCAGGUUGCAGAAGUUGCAGCAGCAGCAGCUUUAUUUACAGAAGAACAGGGGAAACCUUCUGCUUCCACAACCCUUGAAAUGUUCCCUUCAUGGCCGAUGAGAUUCCACCACCAACAACUCAAUACUCCCAGAGGGAGUUCAAGGUCAGGAGGGGGAAGUACGGAUUCAGGGUCAGGAGUAAACACAAUCUCAAGCAAAGCUGAAGCUUCAGCUCAUCAUCAUCAUAAUAAUAACAUGGAGCCAGAAUCACCCAUCAGUAGAAAAGCUGCGUCGUCUUCCUCGGAUCAUUACCACUUCCACCAAAUGGAUCAAUUGGCAGCCAGCAAUGGCGGAGCAGGCCCUUCAACCUCUUCCCACCACCAACAGCAACAGAAUCAGUCUGCUGAGAAGCCGCCCAAUGAAAAGAGGAAAGGCGCAUCAUCUGAGAAGCCGCCCGAUGCCAAGACGUUGAGGCGUUUGGCUCAAAACAGAGAAGCAGCAAGGAAGAGCCGACUCAGAAAAAAGGCCUAUGUGCAGCAGCUAGAGACCAGCAGAAUAAAACUCAGCCAGAUGGAACAAGAGCUUCAAAGAGCACGCCAGCAGGUCAAUUUUUCCUAUUUUUUUUUUCUUUCUCCAUUUACUACCCAAAUUUCUCAUACAGCGGCGGCGAUGUUUGACAUGGAGUAUGCGCGGUGGCUGGAAGACGACCUCCGGCACAUGUCGGAGCUCCGGACGGGGCUCCACGCACACUUGUCGGACGGCGACCUCCGGGUCACCGUCGACAGGUACGUCUCCCACUACGACGAGAUCUUCCGGCUGAAAGGGGCGGCGGCGAAGUCGGAUGUCUUCCAUUUGAUCACCGGAAUGUGGGUGACGCCGGCGGAGAGGUGCUUCCUUUGGAUGGGCGGGUUCCGGCCGUCGGAGCUCAUCAAGAUGUUGAUUUCCCAACUCGACCCGUUGACGGAGCAGCAGGUGAUGGGGAUAUACAGCCUCCAGCACUCGUCACAGCAGGCGGAGGAGGCGCUCUCUCAAGGCCUGGACCAGCUCCACCAGUCGCUCGUCGACACCAUCGCAGGAGGGUCGGUCGUCGACGGGAUGCAACAGAUGGCCGUCGCCUUGGGGAAGCUGGCCAAUCUUGAAGGCUUCGUUCGCCAGUUGGUUAAUUACUGAAUGCAGGCUGAUAACUUGAGGCAGCAGACGCUCCACCAGCUCCGGCGGAUCCUGACCGUCCGGCAGGCGGCGCGGUGCUUUCUGGUGAUCGGAGAGUACUACGGCCGGCUGCGUGCUCUGAGUUCUUUGUGGGCGUCUCGUCCCCGAGACACGUUGAUGGGAGACGAGAACUCUAGCCAAACGACGACGGAUCUGCAAAUGAUGCAGCAGCAGCAGCAGCAGUCUUCGCAGUCUCAUUUCGCCAGCUUUUGAUGAUCAAAGCGUUACCAAAGAGGACGAGAGUGCUUUUUAGCGACGAGUAUUUAAGAGAACCAACGAUAAAGAGGAUUCGUUGUGCAAUGUAUCGUCCUCAGCUUUAGAAGAGAUAAAAAGAAAUUAGGAACUCUUUUUUAUUUAUUUUUAUCUUGGUAGUUUUUUUUCCUAGUAUUUUCUUCCCACUUCCAUUUCUCUAUUUAGGGUUAGUCCAAAUUCCUUAUCUCGGCAGGCAAUAUAUAUCUAUUGUUUGUUGCCAUGUGUUGUCGUUGUUAAAUGUAAAUUAAAAUUUUCAUAUUCUAGCAAUUUGAUGAUAGAGUUGUC